AUGCCUGAUCUCCCUGGAUUAGAGUGGAAUGGUGUUCGGAGUUCGUAUCCUAAGAAGGUGAUUUCUUUCAUUCUGGCUCAGCAGUUAGCUGAGAAAGGUUGUCUUUCAUAUUUGGCUUAUGUUCGUGAUACUGGUACCGAGACACCUUCUUUAGAGUCAGUGAAGGUGGUUAGAGAUUUCAUAGAUAUUUUUUCUACUGAUCUUCCAGGUGUUCAUCCUGAUAGAAAUAUUGAUUUCAAAAUUGAUCUGGAGCCGAGUACUAAACCCAUUUCCAUUUAUCCUUAUCGGAUGGCUCCAGCUGAGCUGAAAGAAUUGAAAGAUCAGCUUCAGGACUUGUUAAGCAAGGGGUUUAUUCGACCAAGUGUAUCUCCUUGGGGUGCUCCGGUGUUGUUUCUGAAGAAGAAAGAUGGGUCUAUGAGAAUGUGGAAUGAUUAUCGAAAUACGGCUUUUCAGUGGUCAGAUAAGUGCGAGGAGAGCUUUCAAAAGCUUAAGACUUUAUUGACAUCAGCUUCUAUCUUGACCUUACCUAUUGAAGGUGAGUGUUUUAUUGUGUUUUGUGAUGUUUCCGAUAUUGGCUUGGGUGGUGUAUUGAUGCAGAGAAAUAAGGUGAUAGCGUAUGCAUCGAGGCAGUUGAAGCCACAUGAGAGGAAUUAUCCUACUCAUGAUUUAGAUUUACUAGCGGUUGUGUUUGUGUUGAAGUUAUGGCAGUACUAUUUGUAUGGAGUUUAUUGUAAGGUGUACACUGAUCAUCACAGCCUUCAGUAUAUCUUUAAACAGAAGGAGUUAAAUUUGACGCAGCGUAGAUAG